UAAAAGUUAUAAAAAAUGGCCACGAACGACUGUAUAUUGAACUCCUUGUAACCCUCGACCGAAAAUCAGAAAUGCCGCCAACUGGAUAUAUAGCUUCGCGGACUAACUACGAUUACUCGGUGAGAGAUCAAGCUUUCUUUUUGAACACAUGGGCUAAGCUUGAUGUAACUGAGGAAUCGACAGGUGAAUUUACAGACGAUAAGGAUAGGAACCAAGAAAAUUAUUUUGAUACAGGACUGAGUUUAGACAGAGUUAUGAGCUCGUGCAAGGGAACAGUGAAAUCAGGGGGCCCCCAGAAAGAAACCGUCAUGCCAAAAUCUGGCAAGCGACCGGCUCCCUCACAGACUCCAACUGCCGGAGCUACCAAUGUAGUCCUUCCAAAGUUCGGACUUGUUGAGGUUUUGCAGCGGGCUUUUCACAUUCCUGAUCUCUUAUCGGAAAACCCUUUUCUUAACCAGGAAGCAGCAACUAAGAUGUUCAAGAGGAAGAAGAUAAACAAAAGAGUACGUUUCGCUAAAGUAGAGAUAACAGAGAAUCACCUUCCCAACUGUAGACGGAACAACUUCACGAAGCACGAGUUUGGGCAUUUCCAUUCACCUUCUUGUUCAAACUAUAAAGCUGAGCAGUCACUUGGAAAGCAGGAAUUCCUGAUUCGAGGGAACUUUAUUCGUGAGAACAGCAAGACAGCAACCUCGGAAUGUGAUUUCUACAAAGAGCCUGUCCGGUACGUGGAACCCCUGGACCCGGCACUUACCACCCCAACUCUGGCACCUUCUUGUGACCUUCUCCGACUGGAUCUCAAGACCUCUUCCAUGGACUCAAUUACUUAUCAUGACAAGAGUAGUCCAGGUUUGAGAUAUACCCAGAACCCAGUCGAGAAGACAGAGAAAGAAAAGCCUGCUCAAUCUUCCUCGGUUAGUUCAUUUGCUCCAAACCCCAACUACAAGCCCAUGCCUUGCCAACCCAUCUUUACUGACGAUGUUAUAAUCAGUCCACCGUCAAGGUCAAAGGUGGUUGUAGACACUAAAAGUGAGAUUACUCUGCCGAAAAGUAAACGGCACAGUAAUCUGCCGGAGCCGAGAGUCCCUGAGAUUUCGGUAAUACCGGCUGGGCCUGCUUGUCCGGGUGUUUGUGAUAUGGUGGAUAGUUGUGACGAUUUAAAACUCCUGCCAGAACCUGCUGAUAAGAGUCGUAUCGGGUCCGACAGUGGUUCAGUUGACUCUGUUAGUAGCUCUUUAGACUCUGGCUACGACAGCAAAUGUGGAGACUUUCUAGACGAUUUCCUUCAUGACAUGUCGGAUGAUAGUGAAAGUGAAAGUGAAUCAGAGGAUGCUGAUGAGAUGGUAUCUGGAAAUUCUGCAUUUUCUGCGUUUCCAAACAAAGAUUUAAGUGAAAGCGAUAGUGAUACCGUUAUUGAUGGUCCUCCUAGCUCUAAUGGGUCUACUUCUCUGCCAAUUAUUGACUCAGAGAGCUCCUCUUCUGAAUCAGAUAUAGAUGAAGUAGAGCCUGAUGCUCUGCUGGAUCACCAACAUGACAGUGGUAUUGGCUCACUCAGUGAUAACGAGGAGGAUAUAGACGAUUUGAUUAAAAGUCGCCCUUCAAUCAGAUCAGCGAAACCAGCGCUUAUAAACCCUAACAAGUGGUCAUCGCAUUCAGUACAGCCGGUAACAGUUCCGGUAAAAAAGGAAAACAACCCUCGACAACAACAGACUUUUCAGACGCGAGAGGGAUACAUGAACCCAUUCAGUAAUCGGAGCACAGCAUCAUCAGUGUUGCUUAAACCAGCUCCGUCAGUCUUGGGGAGACUCAUCUGUGAGAUCAAACCAGUGACAUUGGAUCUUAUCCGUAAUCCGGAUGUGGAUCCGGAGAGAUUCUUAUUCAACACGCCGAGUCCGGACGAUGUGGUCAGGAUACGACAGUCCGGGAAGGUAUCCUGUUAGAGAGGUUAUGAUGGGGUGUGGUCGAGUGGUGGGGGUGGUAAACACAGUGGAGUAUUUUUGUGAAGUAGUUUGAAACACGUCACGGAGAGUCCUUUUGAAAGUUUGAUAGUUCUUGAGCUGGCCAUUUCAGAUAAAGUAGUACAUGGUUUCCUCCUCCCCUCCCCCAAUAGUACAACCAAAAAUGAUACCGAUGUGCCUAUGAUACAGCGUUUAUCUUGGUUACAAUGAGUCACCAUUUGUAGGCAUGAUCGUGGUCAGAAAGACCGCCAAAUUAAAAAUCUGGUUCACGAAUGUGAUAUGGUCCUGCACUUUGAUUGUGUCAGCAAUUUUGUGGUUUAUUGCAACCGGGUAAUAGCUGUAAUACCCGACAAACCUCUAAUUCUGCAAAUGUCUGGUGUUUAG